UCAAGUUAACACUUCCAUUGGGGAUGGGAGAUGGACAGCUCUUUACCUGGACAGAUGGCUUGAAAAGGAAGGACUGGCAUGAUUAUGAAAGCAUUCAAAAAGAUGCUAUGCGUUCAGUGAAAGGUGAACAUGGAAAACCCUACCCGCUUACAGAGGAAGACCAUGAUGAUUCUGCUUACAGGGAAAAUGGCUUCAACAUAUUUGUUAGCAACAACAUAGCACUGGAGCGAUCCCUGCCAGACAUCCGACAUCCUAACUGUAAGCACAAGGUCUACCUGGAAAAGCUACCAAACACGAGCAUCAUUAUUCCAUUCCAUAACGAAGGCUGGACUUCCCUCUUACGCACGAUACACAGUAUCAUCAACCGCACGCCCGACAGCCUCAUAGCAGAAAUCAUUCUUGUGGAUGACUUCAGUGACAGAGUCACGGCGUAUGAAUAUGAAAACGGAUUCUUGCUCUUUAUACAGUUGCUGGAAUGGGUCGCAGUAGCUGAGCGGUUUCACUUUGGAGCGCUCGGUCGUGCAGACUCCUCCUUGGCUCGCUGCGUUGCCCUGGGCAGGCAUCAUGCCGAUGCAUCGGGUCGCCUUCGGAGCGAGCCUGGACACGCAAAAGAUCUUCAGGAUGUGACCCUUGAUGAAUGGGCUGACCUGGACAGCCAUCCCAACACCAGAAAUGUGUGUGGAUUCAUUAGGUCUCCAGCAAUGGACUUGGGCUCAGGAAAACAGAUCAAACAGCUUGAUGAACCUCUUGUGGUCACUAGUGAGCUCUUGAGGAAGAGUAUUAAAAAGCUG